AAUGUUUCCGGGAUGGAGCCAACAGCCCAGGGGCAGACUGAGAAAAGCUUCAGCUACGUCAUCAGAGCUCCCAGCAUCGAUGGCACUGAUGGGAUAAAUGUGGAUGUGAAGAUUGACACCUGCUGGGUGUUCCGAGACCUGGAGGAGAGUGACAAGAAGCAGGCAUGCCUUCCGGAAACAGCCAGCAGCCUGGACCUGGACACAGGGCUGCUCAGAGAGCAGCUGGAAUCCUCAGAGCAGAAGCUGUUGGCAGCUGUGGACAAGCAUGUGAUAUCAGAGUCAGGGCUGAGGCACAGGGUCCAGGAGCUGGAGCUGUCAGAGAAGAGGCUUCUCCUGAAGGUAGAACAGCUGAGUGCCUGUGUGGCCCAGGAAAGAAGCGCCACACUCCAUGUCCAGGAGCAGCUGCAGUCACUGAAGGGCACACUGGUCAGCCAGGUGCGGGAGGCAGAGAGCGCGGUCAGACGGCAGCGGCGGCUGCAGGAGCGACUGCGGCGCAAGGACGAGGCACUGGCGCGGCAGGCGGCGGCCCUGAAGCGUUGCGGGCGGGUGCAGCGGCAGCAGCUGGGCCUGGUGCGGGAGCAGGAGCGCGUUCUGCGGGUGCAGGUGCAGCGGCUGGAGCGCGACGUGCGGCGCCUGGGACACGCUGCGGGCCUCCUGCUGGCUCAGCUGCACACCGCGGACUCGUCUCCCGAUGCGGGGAGCUCCGGGUCGCAGCUUCUGACCAGUCCCCUGGGUGACCCUGAGGUCGUAGAGCUGAGCGCGCUGCGAGCCAGGGCGGAGCUCGCAGAGCGGGAGCGGGAGAAAGCGAUGUGCAGGCUGCGGGAGCACAGCGCCACCGAGCGGCAGCUGCGGGAGCAGCUGGAGGAACUGCGCUGCUGUGUGUAUGGGCUGACCUUGUCGGAGAUAGGCCUGCAUAGCCAGGUGGAGGAGCUCGCCCACCAAAACCGGCGCCUGCGGGCCCAGAUGGGGCACGGUAGCCCGGGUGCCUUGGGCUGUGCACAGAGUGAUUCUCUGCCUCCACUCAGAGCAGAGGUGCUGGAUCCCGGCAGAAGCCAUGACUGCCACGGUGAUGCGUGUGGACUUCAGGGCCUGGCAGGCCAGCUCUCGGAAGAGCCCCCCAGCUGUGUUGGAGAAGGACCAGACCCCCACAUGAUGGUGUCGGCAAGGACCAUAGCCAAGCUUCAGAGAGACCUGCCAGGGUCUGAGCAUAGACAGGGUGCCCUUGUCCAGCCCCACCUAGAUCCACAGGCUCUCCGGCCGCUGUGUAGCUGCCCCCUGGGGUCAGGAGUGGCUGAGCCACUCUGUUCCUUGGAUUUGGCAGGAGUGGCAGAGAAUCUCCAAGGUGAUGGAGCCCAAGAACCCUUACUGCUGUUACCCACGUCCACGCUCCAGCUCUGGGGACCUGCUGGAGACCCAGAGCUCUUACUGUCACCUCUGCUCCAUGAGUGUCCCCUCCACGAACUUCAGAGCCAAGAUGAGGUGGACAGCACGCCCUCACCUGCCCCUGCAGCGUUGGCACACCUUGGCUGCCAUUGUAAUCUGGCAAGGAGCCAUGACACCUCCCUCAGGCGGGAGUCCUCACUCAUUUCCAAUGGCCCAUUUCUCCCAAAAGGAACCAAGGAGCUAAGAGACACGCGGCAGGGGAGAAGUGGGCCUCCAGUCACAAGUGCAGAGAAGUGGGGGGUGAUGGGAACCUUGGGUGGUAUAAAGUCAGAGCUUGAUGACAGGUGCCUGCUGCUCCUUCAAGGCACUGAGAAGCUGUCCUUGGGCACUGAGGUUCACACCCCAGAGGGCAUUCAGGAAGGGGACAGAGAUGCAGGUACCCAGGCUGUAGCCCCCUUCCCUUGGCUUCAUUCAGAAUGUCUAAUACUGCCUCUGUGUGGGACAGCCUCUAUGUCACAGGAGGGUCCUGAUUCCCUGAGCAGGAGAGGGAAUGUGGGAGGGCAUGUCUGGGAACAUUUGGUAAAUCUGUCUCAAGAGAAGGAGGACAAGGCCACCGACUUCAGGGCUUAUGGGACCCAAGAGUGGAGGACAAAUGGCAGGCAGCUCUCAGCAGGAAAGGGCAAAGAAGUCUGGAGGUGUAGACAGGGCAAGCUGGACCACCAGCCGUGCUUUGGAGACACUGAGCUCCUACAGAAGGAGAGCUCUGCGGAUGAAGAACAAGAGGAGAUGCAGGUCCAAGUGGCAUCAGACCUAGCUUCUGUGGGCCCUGAGCAGCCUGAGUUCAAGACCCAUGUAGGUCAGGAACAGUGCAUGCUAAUAGAUGAUCAGGAUUGGUUACAGGUUUCCAGCUUGGUCUCAGCAGGAACCAGCAGUGAAGGUCCUUGCUCCUCACAGGCUCCGAUCACAGGGCAGGACAGGUAUGCCCUCCAGACAGACACACUGGAGAAGGAGGUGGAAGCAUGCUUCCAGCAGCUGAACAACCUGAAGCUUGUGUGUGGAGAUCCCCAGCAGAUGUCAGCAUUGAUGGCAGAGAGCCACAGUGCCACUCAGAGGUGGCAGCGGCAAGACAUUGAGGAGAGUAUGUGCCUUCAGCAGGUAUUGGCCAGCCAGGAUCCCAUCACCAAACCCAACAGGAACAGUGAGGGAGUGGGGCUGGACAAGAAUGUGGUCCUACACAAUGGAGAAGUUCUUCCAGGAGCAGCACUCAGUGGGGAUAAAGUCAACCGGGGCCCUGCUGAGUUAGGUGGGAGUCAGCUCCCCACAACAUGGUGUACCUUAAAUAAGGCGGGAAGCAGAUUCCAUCAGCUCAGUGCCAACAUGAAGAAAGAGAGAAGUCAGGUUUUACUUGAUAAUGCCAGGCUCGAGGGAGACCAAGAAGGAUGUCACCAUGAAGGAUGCCCUUGUGAAAAGGAGCAUGCAAGAGAAGCAGCCACAGCACUGAGACUAGAGCAGGCAAACCGCACGCUGCAGGGACAACUGGUCUACCUGAAGCAUGAGCUGGACCAGUGCCUGCAAGCUGUAUCUGACCUGGAGGAAUGCAAUAGGAAGAAUUACUGCAAGAUUUCCCAGCUGGAAGAGGAGAAUGAGAAACUGAAGGGGGACCUGGGCCAGCUGCAUAAGGCCAUGUCUGAAAGCGUCAGGAAAGCUGGGAGCAGGAUGAAAAAUGUCAUCCUGGAAAACACAGAGCUCAGGGCUCUGAUCUCAGAGCUCGGGGUCAGUUAUAAAGGACUGAUAAAAGACACAGUGCUAGGGAUAGAAGACAUGGUCUGGGCUCUGCAGGGGGAAAACAAGCACCUUGUGGGCAGGGUCCAAGGCCUGGAGAGGGAGGUUCUGCAGAUGAGCAGGGAUCCGAGGGAAGGAAAGUGGUCCUCCCAAGGAAACUCUGACAUGGUUGAAAACAAGGGACACGCUGAAGACAAAGAGGUCCAGGUGACUAUGUUUUCAAGACAACUGAGCACAAGAGCCUGUGGGCCAUCCUGGGCUGAGAAAUCAGAUAUGACUGGAAGCCCUUUCUUAGAUUUGGAAGAUUCCAGAUGCAGGGCUGAUGCUAGUACAGCCUCAUCAGUCCAUGCAGUCACUGCAGAGCCUCAGGAAGCACACACCGAUGGGGCAGGGGGAGACAGAGCCUGGCUGCAGAGAGAACAGAAGACACCAUGGUGUUCUGUGCAACAAGGACAGCCUCAGAGGUCCCGGAGCCUCAGCCCCCAGCUCCAAAACUCCAAGGCUGCUGCCUCUGAGGAAGACACCAAAGUACGCAUACAGCAGCUCCAUCACCAGGUGCGGACCCUACAGUGCCAGCUCAGGGACCAGGGCUGGGCACUGCGGGAGUUGCAGGUGGCUCGAGAUGAGGCGGUGAGCCUCCAGGAUAAACUCAAAGGCAAGCUUGAGGGGCUCUGGGAACAGCAGCGUGAAGUGCGCCUGGAGACGAGUCCUUUGAAGGCCAAGCUGGCUUCCCUGGUCCACAAGUGCCAGGAGAGGAAUCGCCUGAUUGAGCACCUACUACAGGAGCUGCCAAGACAUGAGCCCAGAAACCACCUGCUCUCUGAGCUGGCACAGAACAUGCUUGAGGAUGUGGCCCUGGCUGAGUAUAGUGCCACCUUCCUGACCCCAGGAGCACCAGAGACAUUCUGCCACCUGGAUGUGAGCUCCAAGGAGACCUCAGCCAGAGGAGGAGGAGCUCAGGAGGAUCUGUUUAAUUCUGAAACAGACAGUGUCCUUCAAAGCCUGUGGGGUGCGGAGUUCUGGUCCCUUCCAGGGGCUGAGUGGGCAUUGCAGACAGCUCCACCGGGUUACCCAAAGGAAAGAAGACAACACCACCAGGCAGAUCACACCGGCAAAGACGAAUGUCUGUUCCAGACGACCAAUGGAGCAGAGGUGGCCCUGUGAUGCAUCGUCCUUUCAAGAACUGAGUUACAAACCUCGUCAUCACCCCCUCCCCAAGUCAUCAUGAAGGAAUGUUUCUCUCUGCACAAAACCAGUGAGCUCCUCAGAAGCUCCCAGUACUGGUGUGGAGCAAUAGUGGGACCCUAGGAUCUGGAGUUCCCAGGUUGGAUGUGUCCUUGUACAAAUGACUUAACUUUUUUGAAUGUCUCCUCCUUAGUCUGUUUGGGAGCCUUUCUUCCUAGCUGACAGUCACAUAUAAUGGUGUCAUGGCUGGCAAGUCACCCCAGACCUUUAGAAUGGUGGCACUUGUUCUGGGAUCACCUUGGUGAUUGUGGGCUGUCUUCUGCUCACCUCCCUGAUAUCAUUCAGGACUUGCUGCCUCUAAGCACACACAGUACCACUGCUGUCUGUUCUGCAUGCAGUGGGGAUGAGCCUGGAGGGAAGGUUUUAAGUGACUCUGGAGGUGAUCUGAACAUCAUGGAGGUUCCUCAGGCUCCAGGUUGAAUGGAGGGCUCAGCUAGGAUGGAAAUUGUCUAGGGAGAGCUCCCCAUCAACCCAGUGACUGACUCUCAAGGGAAAUAAACUCUGCUAAGCACCUCCACCUAGUAUGGAGAAGAUUCUACAGGACAUCCAGGUACUGGACUCUGCUCCUAUCCUUCUGGUGAUCCUUGUGCUAUUUCCAGGCUUCUAAGAGCCCCAGGUCCUCACUUGUAUAGUGGAUGCAUGCUCGUGUUUUCCAGUUCACUGUUAACUGUGACACCUCCCAGGCUGCAGACCCUCCUGGCAUCACGGCUCAGUCCCUCCUAGUUAUUAGCUCCUAUUGGUGGCUUCUGUUGAGGAGCACGGGAAGCUGUGGCUCAUGAGAAGGCUCCAGGCAGCCUCUCUGCUUCCAGGAUUGUGGGGAGAAGGAGCUGUUUUUCUAGACAUUUCUAGCAAGUGUGUCCUCUACCUUCCUCCUAGAGAAAGCAUCCCAUGCCCACACUUUGUUCCAUUUCUAUUUUCUUAUCAAUGGGCUUAGCUUCUAUAAGAGGGGGAGAUGUUUCCCUUUUAGCCAAGGGUUGAUGGGGCUGGCUGGCUCUGGAAGAUGGGCAUCCAACAGGACCAUUUGAGAUUUAAGCACCCCUAGAAGAGUUAAGAAAAACAAGAGUCUGCCUGGAUAAUUCUCCAGAAGCCAUCUUCCUAGCCUUGAUGCUGUGUUUCCAAGUGAAUGAUAGGAUCUGGGUGGAUUCAGCGGGUACAUCUUAGGCUUGGGAAGGACCUGGGUCAUAGGCAGGUCCCAUAACCCGUGUGCUCAAACACAGAAUCUAGCAUACAACCAUGCUACCCUUGGAAGAUAUGGCCCAAAACACAUAUUCCUGACUGUGCUUUCAAUUAGGCAGAAGGUGCAGAGUGUAAACUUUGUGUCUCAACUGCCUUGAGCAUCCAGUUCACUGCACUGAGCACAUCCGCACACUCACUGCAUUCACUACACACCGUGGCCAUCAUCUCUCGACUUCAGAGCUCAGAUGUCUCCUCAACUUACUAUGCUGGGAAGUGGGUCCCAGGGUUAUUCCCAGGAUCCCCGAGGCUAGUGGGAAAUGAACUUGGCACACACCAGUACUCUGUAAAUGCUGUUUUCCAGUCAAUGAGGACAAAUCUGAGGUCUCCCACUCACUUCCCCAGCAAGAGCCAGGAAGUCAGGGGGAGCACCCUGGCUUUGCAUAACUUUAAACUUCCCACUGCAGCUUCCCACUAUAGGAAGACUCCUGCAAAGUCUUCCCAGUACCCGGAGGAGAUCAUUAGAAGGCACUCGGCUCUUAGUGUGGGAUCAAUGAAGCCUGUACUAGGCACGGUGGCACACACCUUUAUCUCAGCAUUCGAGGAGCAGAGGCAGGUGGAUUUCUAUGAAUUCGAGGUGAAUUCCAGGCCAGCCAGGGCUACACAGUGAGACACCGCCUCAACAAACAAACAAACAAACAAACAAAACAAAAGGAAAACAACAAACAAAUAAAUGUUCUCCAAAUAUCUCUCCCACAAGGAGGAGGGCACAGGCGACCUCCGGUUGCUUCACUCCAGGACUCACAGGCACUAAAUGCCAUGGCUCAAUGCUCUCCAGAUUUUGUUUAUUAAUUUGACCAAUAGCAGUGACUCAGGCUAAUCUCUGAGUUCUUGCAGUAGGAGUCCGCUAUGGUCAGCCCAUCAGUGGCUCCACUGCAUGUCCCUUCUGAAUAGCCCUUCUUCCUGACUUUGGCUGGCAUCUUGUCUUCCUGCACUCAGUCCUAGGUGAUCUUCUUGUCCUGGGUUCCAUAGGUCUCUCUUCCCACCCAAUGCUGCUGCAGCUACUUUCUCCUUUCUAAAGCCUGGACGGAGACUUAUGAAGCACCCCGAGCACCGUGUGCCAACUGGAACCCGCGGCCACACAUGAGAAAAAUCCUUUAAGGUCAGAUGCGGACUCAGCAGAGUCUGGCUUCUUCCCCCCUCGGCUUUGGAUGAGAUGGAACGCAGAUGGAAGAGCCUCUUGUCAACUCACAUUCUGUGGAAAUAGACCAGUUUGAUGCUACUUGACUUUCAUGUGCAAGCUAGAAGACAGAAACCACCUGGCAUAGGAGGGACAAGAAAGAUUUCAAGGCAGAGCAGCAAGGCUGCUGUGAGCGGUCGGAAGCUCUCUGACCCUGAAGACACUUGCUCCUCACCUGGCAGCCUGGGUCCUGACACCCUUGCAACAGCAUCUGCUGGGAGCACCGGGGAACAGGCUAGGUGGGGAAGCACUUUGCAGACGAGUGCAGUGAAGACAUUUUAUUUGGGUCAUUCCUUUGGUAUGCGUUUAUGACAUACCUACUGUGUGCGCUGUGAACAAUAUGAUCUGUCUGCCUUGAGAUGAUUUGGAAAACAUCCCUGGACAGAGAAGGAUUGCCUGUCAGAUGGCUGUACUACACAUUCGUCAAUUAUAACUAACAACAGCCAGAGAGUUGGCAUGGCAACGUUUCUCCCUGAACUGCGAGGCAGGAAGCUUAAAAUAGGUACGCUGGAGGUGUGGCAGCAGCCGAGACAGAUAGCUCUGCAGCCUGAAACGGGUGACAAACUCAGAGUACUCAUGCCCUUGUCUGUCCCCAGCAGGUCAGGAGUGCAGGGACUGAGAGUGAAGACACGGAAGCAUCCACUGUGGGGGCUGGAGAGAGAGUAGGACGCGCCCUAAAUACCCUUCCUUCCUGAAGCCCAGACAACUUAAGUGGGACACCCUUGGCCAUGGGACCCAGGUGGGACUGCACCUGUUCUGAUGUCUCUUGUAGACUGCUGCCAGCAGUGCCACAGUGUAUCCUCUUCUGAUUGAGGGCGCAGUUCACUUUCUAGUGGGUUUCAAUGGGCAUGGCAUCAAUUAGAUUCUGAGUUCAAGUCCCUCUUUCUCUAAGGAAUUCAUGUGCACAUGAAUGACCCUCCUUGGGAAGUCCAGAGUCCUCUAAGAUGGUACUCUAUCCCCAGCACCAUAAACACUGGGUGUGGUAAAGGCCUGUGAUCCUAGCAUUCUGGAUCGGGGGUGGGGUGGGGGUGGUGCAGACGGAGCAAAUGUUCAACAUACCUUCAGUUGCACAAGUUUGAGACCAGUCUGGGGUACACAAAUCUUGUCUCAAAAGCAAAACAAACAAAACAAGAUAUGAAUUAAGCAAAGCAUGCUGACACGUGCCUGUAAUCCUCUCACCUAGCAUUGGGAGGCAGAGGCAGGAGGAUGCAGAGAUGAAGUCUAGUCUGGGCUAUGGGAAACUGUUUGUCACAACGUUCAUGGAGCAUUCUGUGGUGAGAUUCAUCUGUGAGUCUGGUUCAUCAUCCUUCCCUGCAGAGGCUGGGAGCCCGGCUCUCACACAGGACUGCUCUGUGCUCCCUUGCCUCAGCAGGUGACUGAUCAUUUCAGGGGUUUCUUCUCCUCUAAGCUUUGAGCUGAUUAAAAGAGACUAAUGGCUCUUGUUUGUUCCAAGCUGAGAUCCUAGGUCUAGAAGAUGAAACUUUCCUCCCUCCCUUCUUCCUCACUUCUCUUCCCUCCCUCCCUC